UUGGCUUCUACUGUUUUUCCUUCUGAUGAUUUCGAUCAGAAAUUGUUAAAAUUGAGGGCUAAACUCAUAGAUUUGUGUGAAAAAGAUUGUAUUUUUCUGAACUUUUUAAUUGACCUGGAGGAGAGGGAGCAUUGGUGCUGCAACCUCGAUCAGCUUAGGGUUUGAUUUGUAUCAUUUUCCUUUGUUAUGGACGACACGAGAGACGACUUGAUGGAUCUUGAUUUAAAUCUUGGACCUUCUGUUCCUCUUUUACCCGAUUUCAACCCGGAUUUAGGGCCUCUAUCGGCUGAAUUAGGAAACAUGGAAGAACGUAUUCGACAACUCGAAGCAGUAGCACUCAGGGCUAGGCAUCGUUGGAGGUGGAGACAGGGAAGGAUCGCGCCUGUGGCUAGGAAUAUUCCGGUGGAGAUGAUCGUCAGCUCUGGUAGCUCUGCUGGACUGCAGACUGGGGAGGGCAGUGCAGCCGCAGAAGAUAGAACAACCGCUGAGAGCAAUAAAGUAUGCAGAGGGAAUGCAAGCGAUUUGGUUGCCAAGGCGUUGGGGUUGUGCAAUGAGGCAAAGAAGGGUAGUGGUAGUGGUAGCGGUAGCGGUGAUGGUGGUAGUUUCUUCGAGUGCAAUAUAUGCUUGGACGUAGCUAGGAAUCCUGUCCUUACUUGUUGUGGUCACUUGUUCUGUUGGCCCUGCCUUUACCAAUGGCUACACAUCCACUCGGAUACCAAGGAAUGCCCGGUUUGCAAGGGAGAGGUCACAGAUAUGAACAUUACACCGAUUUAUAACCGUGGAAAUGAUACCCAAGAGUCAGAGAAGGAAGAUGACUCAGGAGUGAAAGUCCCUCCAAGACCCCAUGCACGGCGGGUUGAAAGCUUAAGACAAUGGAUUCAUAGAGCUGUUCAAGUUGAGGAUUCUUACUUUGCUCAGAUGAUUAGGCGGAUUGGCAAUAGGUUUGAUGUGAUGGGGGAGUGGACUCCACCUCAAGAUCUUGAUGCUGCUGAUGAGAUGCCAGAUAGACCUAAUUCAUUAUCCAGUCGGAUUCUCACCACUCGUCGAAGGGAGGCAUCAGGGCGAUAUGCACUUCUAGAGCGGAAUUUUGGCAGACCGGAACAGAAUUUUAUUGAUUUAACUCAAGGCUCUAGUGGAAGCUCUGAGUCAGAGAGCAGCCGUCGACUACCAUCCCUGCGAUCUGUGAGGCCAAAUAGGGCUGCCACUGCUUCAAUUUCACACCUUUCCUCUGCUGAAAGACUGGUUCAGGCAUAUUUUCUUGGACAUCCCAUGGGAAGAAACAAUACCCAUAACCCAACAGUUGAGGAUAGAGAUUCUGUUUCCAGCAUUGCUGCUGUUAUACAAUCAGAAAGCCAGACUUUGGAUAAUACUGCAGAAAUAGAGUCGAUGAUGUCACUGUCCUCUUCAUCCUCAAGAAGAAGAGCUGAUGCUUCUAGGGCUUCACAUAUGGACAGUGGAAUCUCGCGUGCAACUAGACGGAGAAGAUUGAUUUGAUAUUAUUUUUCAUCUAAUAAUUGUCAUAUAGAGAAUCACCGAGAAUUUAAGGCUUCCUUGUGUAAGUGGCAAUUUCCUUUAUGACUUUUACUUUAUUCUGCAAAUUGUUAUUCUUUCUCUUUCUUGU